AUGGCGGUUCCGGCGAUACGGUUCCCGAUCUUCGCGGCGGCGAGAGUCAUCGGAGUUGCAGUUGCGUUGCUGCUCUUCAUAUGGACUGUGCACUACAGAGGCGGAAUGGCGCUCGUUCACCCUGUGUUGAUGGUGAUCAGCCUUGUGCUUCUCAAUGGCGAAGCCAUGCUAGCGUACAAGACCGUAUCGGGAACAAAAAACUUCAAAAAACUGGUUCACCUUUCACUCCAAUUCCUAGCUUUUGUUCUGAGCGCCAUUGGAAUAUGGGCUGCUUGGAAGUUUCACAUCGAGAAAGGCGUUGACAAUUUCUACAGUCUCCACUCGUGGCUUGGCCUCGCCUGCUUUUUCUUGUUUGCAAUUCAGUGGGGUUCUGGAUUUGUAACCUUUUGGUAUCCUGGAGGAUCGAGAAACAGUCGAACUAGCUUGUUGCCAUGGCACGUGUAUUUCGGCAUUUAUAUCUACUGUUUAGCUGUUGCCACAUGCGCCACUGGUUUUCUCGAGAAGGCCACAUUUAUGCAGAUGCAUCAGAUAAUAACCCGGUAUUCUAAGGAGGCAAUGCUGGUUAACUCGUUAGGCAUGUUGGUUGUGGUUUUGGCUGGUUUCGUUAUUCUUGGGAUUGUCUCGCCCGUUUAUGGAAAGGGGGAUAUUCCUCUCGGUACAAUAGAAUGA